AUCUUUAAUUUUUUUUAAAGAAGAGUACGCAUAAUGGAGAUAGGCUCGUCGUCCACAGUGGCCGGAGGAGGACAGCUCUCGGUGCCUCCAGGUUUUCGGUUUCAUCCAACCGAGGAGGAGCUUCUCUAUUAUUACCUCAAGAAGAAGGUUUCUUAUGAACCAAUUGAUUUAGAUGUCAUUAGAGAAGUUGAUCUCAACAAGCUUGAACCUUGGGAUCUUAAAGAAAAAUGCAGAAUCGGGUCGGGUCCUCAAAAUGAGUGGUACUUCUUUAGCCACAAGGACAAGAAAUAUCCAACUGGGACCCGAACGAACCGGGCCACUGCAGCCGGGUUCUGGAAGGCUACUGGUAGAGACAAAUCCAUACACCUCAACAGCUCCAAGAAGAUUGGACUUCGUAAGACUCUGGUCUUCUACACUGGUCGUGCUCCUCAUGGCCAAAAAACUGAAUGGAUCAUGCACGAAUAUCGCCUAGACGAUAACGAAAACGAGAUCCAGGAAGAUGGGUGGGUUGUAUGCAGAGUGUUCAAGAAGAAGAACCAUUUUAGAGGAUUUCACCAAGAACAAGAUCAAGAUCAUCAUCAGCACCAAUACAUAAGCACCAACAAUGAUCAUGAUCACCAUCAUCAUCAGCAUCACACUGAAUCCAAUUCAAACAAUCAUUCUUCUCAGAUCCCACUAUCUCUGGAUCAUCAUCAUCAUAACAUGGGAAGACAGAUCCACAUGCCGUUACAUGAGUUUUCAAACACUUUAAGCCACGGGUCAAUGCAUCUCCCUCAGCUCUUUAGCCCUGACUCGGCCGCAGCAGCAGCAGCAGCAGCCCAACCGUUUGUGUUGUCAAUCAACACAACAGACAUUGAAUGCUCACAGAAUCUACUGAGGCUGACUUCUAACAACAACAACUACGGUGGAGACUGGUCGUUUCUGGACAAGCUUCUCACUACGACCAACAUGAAUCAGCAGCAGCAAGUGCAGAACCAUCAAGCCAAAUGUUUUGGUGACUCAAGUAACAACGACGACCAGGCUGUUACUCAUGACCAUCUGGGCAAUAAUAAUAAUGGUAAUGAAAGGUUCCCGUUUCACUAUCUGGGAAACGAUGCUAAUCUUCUCAAGUUCCCAAAGUAGACCAAAUCAAAUUUGAUUUGAUUUGAUCAAAUCUCAUGUUUUCAAUUUUACUCUCUUCUUU